AUGGACUUUGCAAGACAAUUGGUCAGAGCGCUCGAGGUUCCCCAUACUCGAGAAGAGCGUGCUCCCUCCGACCUGCAAUUUGUUUCGAGCGACGAUCUACUGCCAGUUCCAAUAGAGGAAAGAACAUGGACUGCUUUCAGUUAUGUCGCUUUCUGGACGAGCACGUCAAUCAAUGUUGGAACUUGGAUGAUAACCUCUAGCAUGAUCGUCAUGGGCAUGUCGUGGUGGCAAGCCUGGCUGACUAUCUGGAUUGGCUAUGGUGUGAUGACGCCGUUUGUCGUCCUGUUGGGCCGACCGGGUGCUGUAUUUCAUGUUACCUUCCCUGUCGUCAACCGUGCCAGCUUCGGAAUAUUUGGAAGUUUGUGGUGUGUAUUCAAUAGAGCGGCGAUGGCAUGUAUCUGGUACGGAGUGCAAUCGAGUAUCGGCGGUUCAUGCGUCUUAGUGAUGCUCCGUGCAAUCUGGCCAAGUGUUAAUAAUAUCCCAAAUUCCAUGCCCUUGUCCUCUGGCACUAAUACCAGGGAUUUUAUGUGCUUUCUCAUUUUUUGGAUUAUAUCUUUGCCCUUCAUAUGGCCUCCAGUGCACACAAUUCGUCAUUUCUUCACGUUCAAGACGAUCAUCGCGCCCAUUGCCUGUCUCAUCUUCAUGAUUUGGUGCAUCGUCAAGGCAAAAGGUGUUGGACCGAUCGUCAAACAGCCGGCAACCAUCCAUGGCUCAGAACUGGCAUGGGCCAUGAUUAGCAGUGUCGGUAUAUGCCUCAGUAACCUCAUAACAUUGACGACGAACGCGCCGGAUUUUGGGUCACGGGCGAAGACUCCAUCUGCACCGGUCAUUUCCCAGCUCUUGUCCAUCCCCCUCUCUUAUGGUUUAGUCUGUCUCUUUGGUGUGAUCGUCAGCUCAUCGUCACAAACAAUCUACGGGGAAGUAAUUUGGUCACCCGUGGAUUUGCUAGGAAUGUUCUUGGACGAUGACCCAUCCCCUGCCACUCGAUUUGGUGUCUGGUUCAUCGCCUUCUCUCUCAUUAUAGCCCAGAUAGGGUACGUCAUGGACGCACGAGUCGCUGUCAUAGCUCAUACUUUUGCGGGUUGUGAUCUGACGGCGCUAUUUCCACGUUUCAUCAAUAUCAGACGCGGCGGGUAUAUAUCAGCAAUUGUCGGACUUGUCAUGUGUCCCUGGAAUCUGGUAUCAAGCAGCAGUCGUUUUUCCUCCUAUAUGUCUGCGUACUCGGUCUUCCUGAGCGCGAUCGCGGGAGUUAUGGCCACUGAAUACUGGUUUGUGCGCAAGGGCCAUUAUAACGUCGCCGACCUCUACGUCACCCGCAAAGGCAGUUGGUAUUGGUACAAUUAUGGUUUCAACCCCAGAGCGUACGCAGCAUACGUGGCAGGCAUCGCCAUCAAUGUAGUGGGGUUCGCUGGUGAUACUGGAAGAUCUGUACCAGCUGCUGCGACUCACAUAUUCGACUUGUCGUUCUUCACAGGAUUUGGCAUCUCAAGUAUCGUGUACUAUCUAUUGAGCAGGAUGUUUCUGGUUCCUGGAGCUGCUGACAUAUUUGAGGAAAUAGAUGUAUCUGGGUAUGAGGAAAAGAUGGCGAGCUGCGAUGAGGAUACAAAGUCAAAGGACGAUUCCACAGAGAAGGAGUCAUCUACCAUAUUGAUUUAA